AUGGCGCAGAUCCGAUGUCGCUGGCGUAACGUGUUGAUCUGUGUGUGCUGCCCAUGUAUCUGCCUGGUGUUGCUGUUCAUCUACGUCGGCGCUGUGGUGUGUAUGGAGAUGAAUAGUAGAGGGACACCAGGCGCAAAAUAUGUCGAAGCUGGAACUAUUUACUUCGAGGCUUCAGGACAUUAUAGGAGGAGGAGCCUUUCCCCACUCCCAAAAACUUUGUGGAAGCUCCACAUAGAUGGGGAUCCCCUUUGGAACCAGCUCCAGCUGCCUGUGGACCGCUAUUUCAACCCCAUCCUAUCCCCAAACAACACUAAGAAGGGAUUUAAAAAUAACACUUUUCUUGGGUCCCUAAUGACGCAAAGUUUCUCUGAUGUUGUCAACUCGAACGGCACAUCAAGAAACUUUACAGAGCUACCAGAGCAGAUAAAAGACUUUGUGGGACACAUGCACAGGAGGGACUACAGAACCCUCUACCAGCCAGGUGUAUGUGGGGCUGGAGCACAAGAUCAGAAGGAAAACACUCUGCUUCUUCUGGCCAUUAAGACAACAGAGCUGAACUUUAAGAACCGACAGGCCAUUCGACAGGCCUGGGGCCAGGUGGGAUGGGUAGCUGGACAGAACAGCAGCGGAGGAUACGUCCGCAGGGUGUUCCUGAUAGGCAAAGAGGACCCUAAUGAGCUUGGUGUGAACAUAUCUGAGUUAAUGGAGCUGGAGAACAAACAUUAUGGAGACAUUCUGCAAUGGAACUUCAAGGACACGUUCUUCAACCUCACCCUGAAAGAUGUGCUCUUCUGGAGCUGGUUCUCACGGCACUGCCACCGGACUCACUUCAUCUUUAAGGGUGAUGACGACGUCUUCGUCAACACUGCAAACAUUGUAACCUUACUCCAGGACCAGCUAAAGAAGCCAAAUGCACAAAAGACCUUAAAAGACUUUAUGGUUGGGGACGUAAUAGCUGCAGCUCUGCCCGACCGAAGCAUCAAGUCCAAGUACUUCAUCCCAGAGAGCUUCUACAAGGGCAACUAUCCUGCCUAUGCGGGCGGGGGAGGGGUCGUGUACUCCGGCUUGUUGGCAAAGCGUCUACACAGGAUGUCUAAAAGGGUUCACCUGUUCCCCAUCGACGACGUUUAUGUAGGCAUGUGUAUGAUUCGGCUUAACGCUCACCCCAUCCACCACCCUGCCUUCCUCACGUUUGACUUUCCGGAAAAGGAAGAGGAGGAGCUGUGUGCAUACCACAAAAUCCUACUGGUUCACAAGCGAAGCCCCAACCAGAUAGUUCGUUUGUCAGCGGACGUGAAAAAGACACGGGCGCAGUGUCGGGAUGUGCCCCUGAGAGACAGAGUUGAGAAGGGGAAAUAA